AUGAGCUCGUCUGAUAUACCCGAGCAGAUUACAUCCCAAUCGUUGGACGUGAUUAUUAUGAUUUUCUGCUUCAGCGCUUUACACCCUAAGGAGUGGUCACAAACCGUUCGUAACUUGUGGAAAAUGCUCAAACCCGGGGGGAAAUUACUGUUUCGUGAUUAUGGACGCUAUGAUCUCGCACAAUUGAGGAUGAAGGGAUCUCGAUUCCUGGAAGCUAAUCUAUAUGUCAGGGGAGACGGGACACGCGUUUACUUUUUUGACAAGGAUGAACUCGCCGAAAUCAUUUGUCAGGACAUACAAGUAGACUCUCCCCCCAACUCUCAUGUUGAAGCCACCGAGACAAGCCCGCCCAAGUCGGCUCCGAAUGAAAUGAAGCAACCGAGCUGCAAGUUUGAACCGAUCAAACUGGUCGUUGAUCGAAGGCUACUGCUGAACCGGGCUCGAAAGUUGAAAAUGUAUCGCAUUUGGUUGCAGGGCGAAUUUUGGAAACCGCUCCGCAUUGAAUCACAUACGCCUCUGUGA